AUGACAGCGGCUGACAUCAAGAUUGUUCCGCUUGGAGCUGGACAAGAUGUUGGGCGUAGCUGCAUUCUCGUUUCGAUUGGUGGCCGAAACGUGAUGCUCGACUGCGGAAUGCAUAUGGGAUAUCAGGACAAACGCCGUUUUCCCGAUUUCAGUUACAUUUCCGGAGGUGGACGUUUGACGAAUUACCUUAGCUGUGUGAUCAUCUCUCAUUUUCAUCUUGAUCACUGCGGGUCUCUGCCACAUAUGAGUGAAGUGGUCGGUUAUGAUGGACCCAUUUAUAUGACCUAUCCGACAAAAGCUAUCGCGCCUACACUCUUGGAAGAUUAUCGCAAAGUGCAAACGGAAUUUAAAGGGGAUAGGGAUUUCUUCACUUCACAGAUGAUCAAGCAAUGUAUGAAAAAGGUAAUCCCUGUUAAUCUUCACGAGACGAUCUAUGUUGAUGAUGAACUAUCGAUUCGGGCAUUUUACGCUGGACAUGUGCUUGGAGCUGCCAUGUUUGAAGUUAGAGUGGGAAAUCAAUCGAUUUUGUAUACAGGAGACUACAAUAUGACGCCGGAUCGUCAUUUGGGAGCGGCAAGAGUCUUGCCGGGGCUUCGACCAGAUGUUCUUAUUAGGCAAGGAAAAAUUGUAAAAAGGAAACAGCAAAUUUUAGUGAAAGCACUUACGCAACAACUAUCCGCGAUUCUAAACGUGCUCGUGAAAGAGACUUCCUCAGAAAAAUUCAUGAGUGCGUGCAAAAUGGUGGCAAGGUACUUAUUCCCGUUUUUGCACUUGGCCGUGCGCAAGAACUUUGUAUCCUCCUCGAGUCGUAUUGGGAGCGGAUGGCACUCAAAAUCCCGAUCUACUUUUCUCAAGGACUCGCAGAAAAAGCUACUCAGUAUUACCGAUUGUUUAUCAACUGGACAAACGAAAAAA